AUGACGUGUUCGACCUGGACGCUCCGUGGGUGGCGGCAGCCGAGGCGGAAUCGAGGCUGGAGAAGGCCAUGAUGGCGGUGGCCGCGGAGGGACUUCGUCUUUGCUGAACAGAGGAGAAGGGGGUGGAGGAGGGAGAUGAGAUACGAGACAACCGGCAGCGACAGGAGGACGAGAUGAUGGCUUUGGAGGCGAUAUAUGGCGAUGAUCUGGCUUUAUUUGGAAAGAAAGGGGGGCUCCACUAUUUCGAGAUUUACAUACACUAUAAUUUGAAUGAAGGCACUGAAGUGUGUGCUAAGCUCUCUUCAGCUAAUAGCAAUCCAAAAGAUGGAAGAUGUAGUGAUGGAAUAGAAGAGCAUGGUGAUGAACCAGAUGAAUUUUCUUACUCCUGCAAUUUUGAGUACUUGCCUCCUUUGGUUUUGACAUGCUUGCUUCCACUGACCUAUCCUAGCAAAGACCCCCCAUAUUUUACUAUCACUGUUAAGUGGAUGGAUGGGCCUAAUGUUUCGCAACUCUGUGAGAUGCUUGACACCCUUUGGGCAGAGUUGCCAGGGCAGGAAGUGGUAUACCAGUGGGUGGAGUGGCUAAGAAAUUCUUCUCGGUCAUAUCUUUGGUUUGAUGGCAAAAUUACUUUAGGUCCAGAUAUCCCAAUGCACAAAGUGGAUUGCCGUGCAAUCUCAAGAAGUCUAUCCUUGGAGUCUGUAAUUCCUUCCAUGCUCAGCUACAGUAGCAAGAAGCUCUAUCAAGCUUUUCUUGAGGAUCUCCACAUGUGCAUGAUAUGCCUUAACCAGAGCAAAGGUUCAAACUUUAUCAGGCUUCCUUGCCAACACCUCUUUUGUGUGAAGUGCUUGGGGACCUUAUGCAGGAUGCAUGUCAAGGAAGGUAGCGUUUUUCAGUUGGUAUGCCCUGAUACCAAGUGUAAUGCUUCAAUUCCACCCUAUGUGUUGAAGAGGCUUCUUAUGGAAGAUGAAUUUGAACGCUGGGACAGGCUUAGGUGGUCCCAGAAAGCAUUGGACUCAAUGUCAGACGUGGUUUACUGUCCAAGAUGUGUGAUCGGUUGCUUGGAAGAUGAGGAUAACAAUGCGCAAUGUCCAAAAUGUUCUUUUUUCUUCUGCUCGUUUUGUAAGGAGCCAUGCCAUCCUAGUAAGCAGUGCCUGACUCCAGAGGAAAAGCUCCAGCGCCGUCAGGCGUCAGGAAGGAUGUCUGAGAGAGAGAUGGCACAGGAAAUGCUGAGCAUCAAAGCAUUGUACAGCGACGUUCGAUUAUGUCCAAAGUGCCGAAUGGCCAUCAGCAAAACUGAAGGGUGCAACAAAAUGGUCUGCGGCAACUGUGGUCAGUUCUUUUGCUUCCGCUGUGGCAAGGCCAUAAAGGGUUAUGAUCAUUUCAGUGAAUGCCAGCUCUUCGCGCCUAGAGAUAUAUCGGCGUGGGAGAGACAAAUGGAAGAACAGUUUGGAAAUCAUGUACGAACUUCACUGCGCCCUGUAGGUGGUACAGUCAGGUGUCCGAAAUGCCGUGAAAGAAAUUUCAAGGAUGAUGAGAAAUACAUUUUCUGCUGGGCAUGCCGGGCCAACUACUGCACAUUGUGCAGACGUGAAGUCCAGGACAAGAGGGGGCACUUUGGGUCACCAGAAUGCGUGGGGCUUGAAGAUUUCUAGCAACGGAUCUCUACUCCCAUCAUCACAUUUUUACAGCUUAGGAUGUCAGCCGUCAUAUCAAAUGUUCAAUCUGACAUUGAAUCUAAUCGAUUAACGAGACCAUACGCUGUAACAAAGAGUUGGGGUACAUUGGAAAUGCAUGACUUAUCUUGCAGAUUCAUUCAUAUGUGAGUAUGUGACAACUAAAACCUUUCUUCAUGCAUGGCUCAUAUAUUUUGCUGGCUUUUCUCAUUGGCAAGUGCAACAAAAGCACCAGCAGAUCAAACAUCUCUUUUGCAAUUUAUGUAUGAUUUUUGAGUUUCUACUGCUAGGGGCAAUACACACAGCUACAGCUA